AUGUCACUGGUGGAGGGCUUUAGCCAUGAGAGCCGGCAGAGCGAGCUGGUCGCCAAGGUGGACGAGCUGGUCGCCAAGGUGGACGAGCUGGUCGCUAAGGUGGACGAGCUGGUCGCUAAGGUGGACGAGCUGGUAGCCAAGGUAGACGAGCUGGUAGCCAAGGUGGACGAGCUGGUAGCCAAGGUGGACGAGUUGGUAGCCAAGGCAGACGAGCUGGUAGUCAAGGUGGACGAGCUGGUAGCCAAGGUGACGAGCUGCCAAGGUGACGAGCUGGUAGCCAAGGUGGACGAGUUGGUAGCCAAGGCAGACGAGCUGGUAGCCAAGGCAGACGAGCUGGUAGCCAAGGUGGACGAGCUGGUAGCCAAGAGGUCUGAAUGUGCAUCUUUCCACGUGUGUGGGGUGAUACUGCUGGGCCUGUGGUGCUCCUCUGUGCUGGCAGCUGGAAGCUGGUACCCCAAAACCCUACCCUGUGACGUCACCCUGGCCAGCAACGACACAAUGGUCAACGUAGAUUGCACUGAGAGAGGACUUCUGGAGGUCCCAAAGGACAUCCCCAGAAACACCACCAACCUGACCCUCACCAUCAACCACAUCCCUCUCAUUAACUCAACGUCCUUCCAGGGCCUGGAGAACCUCACCGAGAUCGACAUGCGCUGUAACUGCGUGCCCAUCAAGAUCGGCCCCAAGGACCGCAUGUGCACAGAGAGUGUGACUAUCAAGACAAACACCUUCAAAGACCUGAGGAAUCUGAAGGCUCUGUAUUUGGAUGGGAAUCAGCUUACCAGCAUUCCAAAGGGUCUCCCUCCGAACCUCAUUCUGCUCAGUCUAGAGGUGAAUAAAAUAUAUACCAUUCUGAAAAGGAACCUCUCUGACAUCACUAACGUACAGAUUCUUUACCUGGGUCAAAAUUGUUACUAUCGUAACCCAUGUAAUGUUUCCUAUCAAAUUGAGGAGGGAGCAUUUCUACAGCUUGAUAACAUGACUCUCCUAUCCCUCAAGUCAAAUAACCUAUCCUACAUUCCCCCAAGAUUACCGACAAGUCUCAGAGAGUUGUAUCUCUAUAACAACAAGAUUGAAAUGGUUACUGACAAAGAUUUUCAUAACCUAACCCAAUUGGAGAUACUUGACCUGAGCGGAAACUGCCCGCGCUGUUACAAUGCACCAUUUCCUUGUAUUCCGUGUCCUAACAAUUCACUUCAGAUAGACACAAGCACCUUUAAAACGUUGACCAAACUGAGGAUACUACGCAUGCAUAGUAACUCCCUUACGUAUGUGCUUAGAGAGUGGUUUCAGAACUGUAAAGAGCUGCGAGUACUUGAUCUCUCAACCAACUUUUUAGCUCGAGAGAUAGCAUUUACUUACUUCCCACAAGCUCUACCCAACCUGGAAGAAUUGGACCUGUCUUUUAACUACGAGCUGCAGAGGUAUCCAGCUACACUGCACCUUAGUUCCUCAUUUUCCUCCCUGAAAUCCUUGAAAGUACUCCGCAUCAGGGCCUUCGUCUUCCAGCAACUCACCCUGGAAGACAUCAGCCCACUGAUUCAUCUAAAGAACCUGGAGGUCAUUGACUUGGGCACCAACUUCAUCAAAAUAACCAACCUCAGCAUUCUAAUGGAACUGAAAAGCUUAAAAAUAAUCAAUUUAUCUGACAACAAAAUAUCGUCCCCCUCUGAAAGUGGUCAGUCUGUUGCCUUUUCAGGAGGAGAAGCCAUACAUGGCUCCCCAAUGUCAGAUGCUGGGCAUAGCCGCAAUGGAGAAGUGAGAGAGAUUCAUUAUUUUCGAUACGAUGAGUACGCUCGCAGCUGCAAAUACAAGGACAAGGAGGAUGGGACGCUGAAUUCAUUCGUCAAUACCCAGUGCAGCAAGUUUGGAAAAACCCUGGAUAUCAGCAGGAAUAAUAUAUUUUUCCUUCACUCCAGAUUCUUGAACCUUGCUGACCUUAGAUGCCUAAAUCUCUCUGGAAAUGCCAUGAGCCAAAGUCUAAAUGGUUCUGAGUUUACUUUCCUCACUCAGUUACAGUACCUUGACUUCUCAUUCAAUCGUCUAGACCUUCUCUAUUCCUCAGCGUUUCAGGAACUGAGUCGUUUAGUUAUCUUGGACAUAAGCAACAACAACCAUUACUUUGAAUCUGAGGGUUUGACCCACAUGCUUAAUUUCACCAAAAAUCUGACCAAACUGAAGAUAUUACUAAUGAACUAUAAUAAGAUUUCUACAUCCACCAACACAGAGCUGGAGAGUCUCUCUCUGGAGAAGUUAGAGUUCAAAGGUAACCGUUUAGAUAUGCUUUGGAGAGACGGUGAUACAAGAUACAUCGACUACUUCAAAAAACUGCUAAAUCUGAAGGUCCUAGACAUCUCUCACAACAACCUCAACUUCAUCCCUCAGCAAGUCUUCCAAGGCCUGCCAGACAAACUCACUAAUCUCUACAUCAACAACAACAAACUGAAGAUUUUUAGUUGGGAGAAGCUGAUUAUUCUUCAGUACUUAGAGGUCCUAGAUCUCAGUAGCAAUAGCAUAUCAACAGUUCCCCCAGAGCUCUCCAACUGCACCAGAUCUCUCAAGACUCUCCUCUUACGCAGAAAUCAAAUAUCCAAACUCUCUGCGUAUUUCCUCAAGGACGCCUUUAGUUUGAAGUAUCUGGAUCUCAGCUUCAAUCACAUUCAAAACAUUGAGCAGACCAGCAUGCCUGAUGAUGUUGUCGAUCAAAUGGACACGUUAGUCCUGAACAACAACAAGUUCAUGUGCAACUGUAACGCCCUCAUGUUUGUGAUGUGGCUGAACCGCACCAUGGUGAACAUCCCCAGACUGGCCACCGCUGUGACCUGUGCUGCUCCAGGAGCCCAGAGGGGUCAUCCGGUCAUCUCCCUGGACCUAGAACUGCAGGCCUGCCAGCAUAACUACCUAUCCAUCAUCCUCUACAUCCUCCUCACAUCCCUGGUGCUCAGCUUCGUCACCCUCUCCAUCUCCAGCCACCUCUUCCUCUGGGACGUGUGGUACCUCUACCACUUCCUCCUGGCCAAGUUCAAAGGCUACAGACGCCUGUCCUCGCCGAGCGCUUCCUACGACGCCUUCGUGGUGUACGACAAGAAGGACCCGGAGGUAUCUGAGUGGGUGCUGAAGGAGCUGCUUGUUCAGCUGGAGGACCAUGGGGACCACCCCUUACAGCUGUGUCUGGAGGAACGAGACUGGAUCCCUGGCUGCCCCCUGAUUGACAACCUCUCCCAGAGCAUUCACCAGAGCAAGAGGACCGUGUUCAUACUGACGAACAAGUACAUCAAGAGCGGGGACUUCAAGACCGCAUUCUACAUGGCCCAUCAGAGGCUUAUGGAUGAGAGAGAUGAUGUGAUUGUCUUGAUUUUCCUGGAAAAAGUCCCCAGUCACUCAAAGUACCUGAGACUCAGGAAGAGGUUGUAUAGGCGGUCAGUGAUGGAGUGGCCAACAAAUCCUCAAGCGCAGCAAUACUUUUGGUUUAGUCUAAGGAGUGUACUGGUAACAGACAGUCAAAAACAAUACAGUAAUCUCUUCAAGGAGACUCUUUGA